AUGAUUGCGACUGCUCUCCGUUCUUCGCUCCCUUCGCUGCGCACUGCUGUGCGCGCUGCGCCGCGCGUUGCACCGGUGCGCAUGAUGCCCGUGCGUAGCUUCCAGACCUCGCGCAUGGUUUCGGGUGUGCAGACCAUGUACACGGCCGAGCACGAGUGGAUUCGCUACGACGACGAGACCAACAUUGGCCAGAUCGGCAUCACCAACCACGCCCAGGAGAGCCUCGGCGACGUGGUCUACAUUGAGCUGCCCCAGAUUGAGCUCGAGGUGACCAAGGGCGACCAGAUCGGCUCGGUCGAGUCGGUCAAGGCUGCUUCGGACAUCUACACGCCGGUGAACGGCAUCAUCGUCGGCGCCAACACCCAGCUUGGCGACGAGCCGGGCCUGAUCAACAAGUCGCCCAUGGAGAAGGGCUGGCUCGCGGAGAUCAAGCUGACCAACCCCGGCGACCUCGACGACCUGCUCACCGAGGAGGCAUACCUGGCUACCCUGGACUAG